CACUACCCCCCUCUUCCUCACUGUUCCAAUGAAUCAAUCUGCAAAAAGCGUUUGAGAGAUCCAUAACGUGACCAGAACAAGUAAAAAGCAGAGUGCAAACGAAUCUGUCCAUGUUGUGUGCAUAAUCUUUAAAGUGAAAUCCGGCUUACGUUAGCCCACAAGAUUUUCUUCCCUUUCCCCAUAACCAAGGUCCUAUAUCCUCCGCUGGUGUGCGCAUAUCCCUUAUCCUUCAUCUCUCUCUUUCGUCUCUAUACAUUUACAUAUAUAAACAUAACAAGAAAACCACGUAGCAUGGCUACCAGGUUUCUUUUAGCGUUUGCAAUCUGUCGAUUAAUCGUGACAGUUGGAUUAACCUUGGAUCCGACGGAGCUUCUACGCCUUGAAGUCGAGGGUGUUCUGAGCGUAGAGCCUGCCGACCUGGGGGCGGCUUCACGGGACUUCGGUGGCAUGCAAAACGCCGAGCCAUUAGCCGUUCUGCAUCCGGGUUCAGCUGAGGACGUGGCCCGGCUAAUAAAAGCAGCUUAUGAAUCCGGUCAGGGAUUCACAGUCUCGGCUAGGGGACACGGGCAUUCUAUCAAAGGGCAGGCCACGACCGCAAACGGGGUUGUGGUUCAAAUGAGUGGCUCCACGAAGGUGGCUCCGCCGAGAGUUUCUGAGAAAUUCAUGUACGUGGAUGUGUGGGGUGGAGAGUUAUGGGUAGAUGUAUUGAGUUCCACCUUAAAGUAUGGACUUGCACCAAAAUCUUGGACAGAUUACUUGUACCUUUCCGUGGGUGGUACUCUCUCCAACGCAGGAAUUAGUGGCCAAGCAUUCAAUCAUGGCCCUCAAAUCAGCAACAUAUACGAGCUCGACGUUGUUACAGGGAAGGGUGAGCUAUUGACAUGUACACCGAAACAAAAUUCGGAAUUGUACCAUGCUGUUCUUGGUGGUCUAGGACAAUUUGGCAUAAUUACAAGAGCAAGAAUUGCACUUGAAAAAGCCCCCCACAGGGUGAGAUGGAUUCGAGUGUUGUACUCCAAUUUUUCGGCUUUUACGCAAGAUCAGGAGUAUCUAAUAUCUUUGCAUGGACAACCAGCCACGAAAAAGUUUGACUAUGUCGAAGGUUUUGUUAUUGUUGAUGAAGGCCUUAUAAAUAAUUGGAGGUCCUCUUUUUUCUCCCCAGGCAACCCUGUCAAGAUUUCUUCUCUUAAUGCUGAUGGAGGUGUCUUGUAUUGCUUGGAAAUUACCAAGAAUUAUCAAGAAUCCAAUUCCAAUGCCAUAGAUGAGGAAGUUGGGGCUCUUUUGAAGAAAUUAAAUUUUAUACCAUCUUCCGAGUUUACGACUGAUCUUCCUUAUGUGGAUUUCUUGGACCGGGUUCACAAGGCCGAAUUGAAGCUGCGGUCCAAGAACUUGUGGGAUGUGCCUCACCCAUGGCUGAACCUGUUUGUACCCAAAUCAAGAAUCGGUGACUUCGAUAAAGGAGUUUUCAAGGGCAUUUUGGGGAAUAAGACCAGUGGUCCAAUCCUAAUCUACCCCAUGAACAAAAAAAAGUGGGUUGCAAAGAGUUCAACAGUGACACCAGAUGAAGACAUCUUUUACUUGGUAGCAUUUCUGAGGUCUGCACUGGAUAAUGGGGACGAGACACGGACACUCAAUCAUUUGACAAAUCAAAAUAAUCGAAUCCUAAGAUUUUGCAGCGAUGCUGGGAUCAAAGCCAAACAAUACCUUCCUCAUUAUACCACACAGCAACAAUGGAUGGACCAUUUUGGGGAUAAAUGGACACUUUUUUCCAAAAGAAAAUUGGAAUUCGACCCCAAGAAUAUUUUAGCCACUGGCCAACGCAUUUUUACACCUUUCUUCAAUCCUAGUGCACCAUUAUUGUGAUAAUUAAAUCAUAUAAUAUUUUUUGUACAUGCAUAGGCUAAAGGUAUCAGAUCAACUAAACACAUUUUUUAUGUUACACCAAAAAAAUAAAAAAAUAAAAAUCGCAUCUAA